AUGAACAAAUAAAGCGAAAUAGACAGAAAGAGAAAAAAAAAUAACCGUUUCGUCUCCAAACCAAAUACCAAAAACCAUGAUCUCGCCACGCCUAUCUUGUGGGCGGUCCUUCGUCCUCAUCACGGGCAUCCUUUACGCUCUGGCCACGCCCACUUUGCCCGCCACCAACGGAGACAAGGAAACAUGGGCGUACCUUGCAAGAUACGACUCCGGUUUACGACCUAUGCGAGCAUCUGCAGUCUCUGCUCAACAAACAAGCGAUGACGGAGCCCUGGAUUUAACGGUGCUUCUCAACAUCACAAAUUUCGAAGUAACUUUGAAUGGGCAAGUUGUAUAUGGGCCAGACGAAAAGGGCUACAAGCUACCUUACUCAGGGUUGCAUGUCAUUGUCUUGCACCCAUGCGAAGCCCGUGUGAUGAGGGCCCAGCGAUUCCUCACUUUCCAACCGGCCGAACACGUGGAUUUGGCCGAACUCAUCACUUCGAUUCAGCCGGGGAGGGUCGUCGUCGUCGUGGCUGUGCCCAAAUGGUUCAUGUUUUUCGGAGAAGAAGGGGAAAACGCCUUAAAGAAACUAGGGUUUACUUUUCCCUCGCGCGUAGCCUCGGGUGAACCCUGGCUAGGAAUCGCCGUCACAGGUCACAGGGUCAUCGCUGAAGCGCUGGCGACAGGUCGACUAGGUCAACAUCCACCCGGCGCCUUGGAUUUUGCCGUGAGAGUGCCCAAGGUCUGUCGCGAAGGCAGACGAUGCGACUGGUAUGAAGAAGAAAAAAUGCAAACUCAAGCGAAAUUUUGCGAACUCUACGAAGGCUACGGUGACCUGUGUUCGUGUCAUGACCCUUUCACCGCUGACGUCAGGUCAAAACAGGCUAAACUGAGUGAGAGGAAGGAGCACAUUCCGGUGGUUGUCGUGACAGCUAAUAAGCCCAGACAUCUUUUUAGGUAA